UGUGAAUGUGGCAGCCGCAGGGAGGGGCGCACGCUGUUUAUUUGAUUAUUAAACGGUUUUCUGGGUGAAAAUAAAAGUUUAUUUACAGCUGCGAGUAUUCAGCAUCUGCACAGCGAGACAUACAAAUUACGGCUGUCUUUUCUUUUUAUGUGGUUUAAUCGCAGGACGGAUGAACUUUGAGCCAUAAAAACGUUGGAAUAAUUGCCGAAAGACUUUUUUCCUGAAUCAUAUUUAAAUGUAUUUAUUGUGUUGUGGAUGAAUGAAUCGUCCCGUUGGGAUGGAGCAGGUGAAUAUUCUCAAGAGAUUCAUUGAAGCCGUGAAAAGCGAAGAACAGAAGGGAGCAGAUAACUUCAGCUCGGACUUUAUGCGAUUGCGCCGAUUAUCAACCAAAUAUAGAACAGAGAAAAUCUACCCGACUAAUGUUGGUGAGCAGGAGGAGAAUGUGAAGAAAAACAGAUAUAAAGACAUUCUACCAUUUGAUCACAGUCGUGUGAAGGUGACGUUAAAAACAUCCAAACAGGACAGUGAUUACAUCAAUGCCAACUUCAUCAAGGGUAUAGACGGUCCAGAGGCUUAUAUCGCCACUCAGGGGCCACUGCCGAACACAGUGCUGGAUUUCUGGAGGAUGAUCUGGCAAUACAAGAUCACGGUCAUUGUGAUGGCGUGUCGGGAGUUUGAGAUGGGUCGGAAAAAGUGUGAGCGCUAUUUUCCUUUGUUUGAAGACGAGCCCGUGAUGUUUGGACCCUUCACCAUCUCCUGUGAGUCGGAACAACCACGGACGGAUUAUUUCAUCCGCACACUCACAGUGGAGUUUGAUCAUGAAUCUCGACGAGUGACACAGUUUCAUUAUGUGAACUGGCCGGAUCACGAUGUGCCGUCAUCGUUUGAUUCUAUACUGGACAUGAUCGCUCUGAUGCAGGAAUAUCAGGAACACGACGACGUUCCCAUCUGUGUGCACUGCAGUGCGGGCUGCGGCCGAACAGGUGCGAUCUGUGCUAUAGACUACACGUGGAACUUACUGAAAGCUGGGAGAAUUCCAGAAGAUUUUAAUGUUUUCCAGUUGAUUCAGGAGAUGAGAACACAACGCCAUUCUGCAGUUCAGACCAAAGAGCAGUAUGAGUUGGUUCAUCGAGCGAUCACGCAGCUCUUUGAGAAACAGCUGAUGAUUUUAGAGAGUCCAAUAAACUCUGAGAUCACAGAUGGGAUGGAAGAGGGCAGCCCGGAAAAACCCAGCCAGAACUCUGACGAGGAAAGAUGGGACACGCCCCCUCCAAAACCGCCCCGUAUCCGCAGUCAUCAGGUCGAGGGUGACGUGAUGGAGGAGAUUUUACAGCCACCCGAGCCACACCCCGUUCCCCCGAUCCUCACCCCCUCACCACCCUCAGUGUUUCCAACGGUUACGAAUGUGCGUCAAGACAAUGACCGGUACCACCCCAAACCCAUCCUGCAUGUGCUGGCAUCCAGUCAGAACCCAGACCUCAACGAGAACUACAACAAACCUGGAGAUGACGCCUCAGCCCCACCCACCCUCUUGACGGAGCCGUUCUUCCCCAGCGACGGGCUGGACAAGCGUUUGGAGCGCAAACUGAGCAUUGAGAUCAUGAAAGUGCCGCGUCAGGAGGGACCGCGGAGCUUCGAGGGCAACAGCGCGCUGCAGCGCUCACACGGGUUCAAACGCUCUAACACCAGCAGCAGCUCCACGUCAGAGGAAUCGGAUGACCUGCCGCGACCCGAUCACCUGCCGCUGAGAGGCGUGAAGGGUCACGCCACCUGGGCCACGUCCAAUACUGGCAGAUCGAGCUCGCCAGCCGAGCGCACCGUUAGCCCCGCCCCCUCCUCCAUCAAAUGUGCUCUGAGCUUCACAAACCCGCUGCAUUCAGACUUCACUGACGCGCAGGGAGACGACAGCCGCAGCACUAUCUUCACAAUGACCAGCACUGUUUCCACAGUGCAUCAGAGCGAUCUGCCCCUCCGCAGGGUCACACCAAUGUCCAUCGGCGAGCAAAACCUGACAACAGAAACGUCAAACUGUGACAUCAGUGAAGAUUCACCCCCCCCACUUCCUGUGAGAACACCCGAGUCUUUCCUCCUGGCCGCAGAUGUGAAGGUGUCUACAGAUGAUAUUGCAGAAGAACCUUCAUUACAGACAACUGCAGACACACAAACCUCUGCUAGUCCUCCAAAGAGCGAUGCGGAGCAGAAGAGCGGAAAGAGUCCAGAUUCACUGUCAGUAGCCACACCCCCUGAUGGACUGAUGGACAAGAGAAAAGAGAAUAAAGGCGCCGCCCAAAUCGGAUUCGGCAGCCGCUGUUCACAUCCCAAAGGCCCCCGAGACCCCCCGUCUGAGUGGACGUGACUGCAGUCGCCCACACAAUCGUUUGCACCUCUUCUUCUGUCGUAAGUGCGGCUGUAGACGGUCGAUGAAGACUCUGCACCAUCGUCUGACUAACACAAUCAGUAACGCUACAAAGAUAAUCUCCCAUGAUGCAGCUGUUGGCCUGCCGCUGCUGUGGACUCGCUGGUGUUAAACCGUCUGCUGGACCAGAAACUUGCCUUACUGCGCUGUGAUUGGACCAGAUUUACUCUGUGACUGUCACUGAAGGUGAAGCCAUUCAGCAUCUUUUGUAAUAGGGUUACACCUUAACAACUAGAGCUGUACGCACGGGACCAGAGAACACGCCAUCAUCUUCAUGACUGUAUCUGCAUUCUUUCAUACGUGUACAGCGCGAGCAGUAAAUAAUGAUGCAAACGUACUAUCACGAAAUAUAUUAAUAACAUGCAUGAAACCUGUCACAUGUACCUCAAACCGUAAAUUAUUUGCCCUUCUGUUAGAACAAAUGAUUUCAGGGUUGUAUUUUUUUUUAUUUGUUUUCUACCAUUUUUACAAUGUGCCAUUCAUUCUUGUCUUUGGUUUCAUUUCAUCAGGUUUAUUUCUCCAAAGGCUGGUGUGAAUCAGCUUGAGAUUGUAAUAAUGUUUUUGUAAAUUCUAUUCUAGAGGUUAUUUUUGUAUAUGCCAUUUUCUCACUUUACAAACGCUGCCCUGACCAAUUUCAUCUGUGCCUUUUUUUAGUGCGUGUGUGUGAGCGCGCGCGUUUUUGUGUGUGUGUGAGCGCGCGCGCGUGUUUGUGCGUGUGUGUUUGCGUGUGUGCGUGUUUGUGGGUAUUUGUGUGUAUUUGUGCGUGUUUGUGAGUAUGUGUGUGCGCGCGUGUGUGUUUGCGUGUGCAUGUGUGCGAGUGUGCGUUGUGUGCAUGUGUGUGUUCGUGUGUGUGCGUAUGUUUGUUUGUGGGUGGCGUGUGUAUGUGUGCAAGUGUGCGUUGUGUUCGUGUGUGUGCGUGUUUGUUUGUGUGCGUGUGUGUUUGCGUGUGUACGUGUGCGAGUGCAUGUGUGCGUUGUGUGCAUGUGCGUGUUUGUUUGCGUGCGUGCGUGUGUUUGUGGGUAUUUGUGUGUAUUUGUGCGUGUUUGUGAGUAUGUGUGUGCGCGCGUGUGUUUGUGUGUGUGUUUGCGUGUGUAUGUGUGCGAAGAUGCGUUGUGUGCAUGUGUGUGUUCGUGUGUGUGCGCGUAUGUUUGUGUGUGGCGUGUGCAAGUGUGCGUUGUGUUCGUGUGUGUGCGUGUUUGUUUGUGUGCGAGUGCAUGUUUGCGUUGUGUGCAUGUGCGUGUUUGUUUGUGUGUGUGUUUAAGUGUUGUGUGUUUGCGUGUGUUGUGUGUCUGUGUGUGUCUGUGUGUGUGUGUGUGUGUGUGUGUGUGUCAGAUCAAUUAUAUUUAUUGGCGCGUUUCAGUGUAACGCCUCAGACAGACUGUCGCGUCUGCAGGUGAAAUGACAGUCUGCACUCACACACACUCGGUGUCAGUGUCCAGUAAUGUGUGAAUAUGAAAACAGUGUUUGUAUUUAAGUGAUAUUACUCAGAAAUCUAGUGCUACACUACUGCAGCAAUGUUUCAUUUGUCACAAAUGACCAUCUGCUGAUGAAUAAGCUGCAGCACUCAAACUGUAAUAAAUUCAAUUUCUACAAUACAGCAAUAAAAGUCUAUUUGACUACCA